GAAGAUGCCAGCACAAGCCUAAGGCUGGCCGCAGAUCAGAUGAGCACUCCAGUUCUGAACAGUGAAAGCAAGUUGCAACCCUAAUCAGGGAGGCGCUCUUCUUUUGUAACCGUGGCUCUCAAGCAGGCUCUUUGAUCGAGUUCUGGAGCUUGUGCAAGUACCUUGACUCUGAGCUCUUUCUGGGGCUCCACUCAUUCACACCGAUUGCCAGCGUAUCGUGGAUCAGCGGUUAAGAGUUGAAGUGGUGGGCGGGAUCAAGGCGAUUUGAUUGCUGAUUAGAAAGGACCCUUUCACAAGAGAUUCAUUGAUUGGCCAACUUGAGUCACCCUUCUUCUUGCUCGAUUGAUGAGGGCCCAAACCACACGGCGGUUGGAAGGAUAGUGCUUCUUGUCAAUAUCUCUUAUGCAGCUGGCUCAGCUACCCCGUGUGCAUUAACUUGGGCUUCUGAACACCAUGGCUGAUGCUCCUGCGCCUCCUCAAGAAUCGAUCCUCACAGGCUAUGGGAAUCCCUGGACCGUCUUCUUUCACGUAUUUUUCAAGGGAGCCGCGUUGACGUGGUACGUCGUCUGCAGCCUCUUCACAAGCAGCUUCAUCCUGCAUUUCGUCAUCUGUGUCGUCCUGAUAGCCUUUGACUUUUGGACCAUAAAGAACGUGAGUGGGAGGCGGUUGGUGGGGAUGCGGUGGUGGAACGAGACGGAUGAGCAGGGGGAGUCCUUGUGGCGCUUUGAGUCCUUGGAUCAGCAGGCAAUGGAGCAGCUAAGUAAAAAGGACGGUUGGCUGUUUUGGUGGACCUUGUAUAUCACGCCCGCCCUCUGGAUCGUACUUGGAGCGAUCGCCCUCAUCAAAUUCCAGUUCGACUAUCUGCUCAUCGUCGCUGUUGCUGUGGUCCUGGGGGUGUCGAACAUCAUUGGCUUCACAAAGUGUCGAAAAGAUGCAAAGAAGCAGAUUCAGAGCUUCUCACAACAAGUAAUGGCUGCUGGCCUACAGCACAGCUUCAAUUCUGCCCUUGGUGUGUAAGUUAGGUCGUGCAAGUUCUUGUGUGAGUCCCAGCAAUGUCCAGAGAGUCAUUACGGAGCCUGAAGGAGUAGUCUCAGCACAUACAGAGUGUACUGUCAAAUGAAGGCCUUCUGAAGCCACCAAAGAUCGAAGGUUACAUGUUGAUGCAGCUCGUAACACUUCUAAAGUGCGAACCGUACAGGGAAAAGGGGGAUCGCUUGUUACUGACGACAUAGAUUGCCUUUCGCGACACGGAGCUCAUGGAAGCUGAUCAUGCAAGCUUGCGGAUGUGCAAUCAAGAUCUUUGCGUCCAUGCAUUGAAUUGCAAUGAGCGCA